AUGACUUCUGUUUCAGAUACACCGCUUCACCGAAGUAGUAUGCCAUCGCCAGCAAUGAUAGAGAGGCCAUCAUUAUUAUCGGCAUCAAGUGGUUAUGAAAACUAUCGAGGGUUUCUAAAUCUUCUCUAUGUUAUUUUGGGAAUAGGAAGUUCUCAUCUUGUCAUAGAAAAUAUUCUCAAGUAUGGAUUAUUAGUUGAAUUCGAUUGGCCUUUAAGAUUUUUAAAAGAUCCAACUAAUUGGCCAUCAGUAUUUCUUAUUCUAUUGAUAAAUCUAUUCAUUUUAUUUCAAUAUUGGCUUGAAAUACAAUUAAUGAAAGUAACAUCAGCGAAAAAACUUUUAAUAUUUUUCGAAAUAAUUAAUAUCAGUUUAAUAUUAAUCUUUCCUGUCAUAUAUAUACAUCAUCGUCAACCGAAUGCUGUAGGUGCUUUCAUAGCUGUAUGCCUUUAUUCCAUCGUUUUUUUAAAAUUAGUGUCCUAUACACAUAUUAAUUAUCGAUGUCGACUAGUUCUAUUAAGGAAAAAACAUGAUGAAACAAAUUCUGUUGUGAUAUCAAACGGUCCGAUAAUUUAUCCAAAUAAUUUAACAAUAAAAAAUCUUUAUUAUUUUCUAUUGGCACCAACACUUUGUUAUGAAUUAAAUUUUCCACGUACACAACGUAUACGUAAAACAUUUUUAUGUCGGCGUGUUGGUGAAAUACUUGUGAUUUCUUCAUUGCAAUAUUGUUUAGGUCAACAGUGGAUUCUACCCAUAUUACGUACGCUUCAUCGUCCACUGCAUCAUUAUUCACUAUUAGAAAAUAUCGAACGCCUUUUACGCCUUGCAUUACCAAAUCAUUUAAUAUGGUUAUUAUUAUUCUAUGUUUAUUUUCAUUCUACAUUGAAUUUAUUAGCUGAAUUAUUAUGUUUUGGCGAUAGAUUAUUCUAUCGAGAUUGGUGGAAUGCAACUGAUUUAUAUGAAUUUUGGAAUAGAUGGAAUACAAGUGUACACGAUUUUUCUAAGCGACAUGUUUAUCAUCCAUUAGUUGAUCAUUAUGGUUUUAGUAGAUCGCUUGGAACAUUGACUGUUUUUGUAAUUAGUGGUUUUUUUCAUGAGUAUUUAAUUAGUGUUCCAUUACGUAUGAUCCGUCCAUGGAGUUUUCUUGCUAUGAUAUUACAAGUGCCAAUAGGUCUUGCUGUACGACGAGUAAAAAAUGAGAAUAAAACGUAUGGAAAUAUUGCCGUAUGGGUGUCACUUAUACUUAUACAACCAAUUGCUAUUCUACUCUAUAUUCAAGAUUUGUUUUAUAGAGAUUUUGUAAAACAUUAA